CUUAGGAAGUGAGUAGUGAUGGAGCCAUGGAGGGACACGGUAGAAAACCGAGAAUGGAAGCGGUCCAACGACGCCACAUUCUGAAUCUUAUUUCCUCCUGGCUCUCGUUCCCUGGUCAGAAACUCUGAAUCGGAAGCGAUGGCAAUCGGAGAGGGGAGCCGGGCUCCGGCGGCCUUUGAGGCUGCUCAAAGGGCGGUGGCGGCGAUUGGGUGUGGCUACGACAUCGCCAUCGCCGCCGAUGUGCGGCUCACUCGCUGCAAGUCAGGACGCUUGAUUGAGCUCGAUGGGGCCACCGUAGAAGACACGGUUGUGCCUGGGGGUGUCGUUCUGCGCGGCGUUCCGAAGUCUAUCCGCUGCGAUAAGGGGGAGAGGACGCGGUUCCACUCCGAAGUGCUAUCAUUUCACCAGAUGUCAGAGCAAUUCAACCAGGAGAUGUCUUUGUCUGGUAAAAUUCCUUCUGGCUUGUUCAAUGCUAUGUUUGAUUAUCGGGGCUGCUGGAAAAAGGAUGCAUCGUCAACAAAAUGGCUCUGUUUUGAUGGUUGGUUCAUAACUCUCUAUAGUAUCGAGUUGGAAAGAUCGAAUUUAAUGUUGCUUGAACGAGUGAAAAAUGAUGUUCCGACUUCCUGGGAUCCUGCUGCAUUGGCAGAGUUUAUUGAUAAAUAUGGCACUCAUAUUAUUUUUGGGGUAAAGAUGGGCGGCAAGGAUGUAAUUCAUAUUAAGCAGCUGGAGGAGUCUGUUCUUCAACAAAAUGAAGUGCAAAAUUUAUUGAAGAAGUUAGCUGAUGAGAAAUUUGCUGAAGAGUCCCAUAUAAGUGACGAAUUAUCAAGCAGAAAAGAGAACAACGAGUUGGUGUAUCUGGAACGAAAUGCUGCUUUGUUCAACUCAUUGAGGUCGACUGUUCUAUCUCACUCGAAGAAAGACGACAUAGUUAGCAUUCAGGUUAGAAGAGGAGGAAUCAACACUAAUCAAAGCCAUAGCCAGUGGCUUUCAACCAUUUCAGAUGCCCCCGAUGUGAUAUCCAUGUCUUUUAUUCCAAUUGUGUCUCUGUUAAAUGGUGUUCGUGGCAGUGGAUUCUUAACACAUGCUAUAAACUUGUAUCUUCGUCAUAAGCCACCUAUUGAGGAACUCGCUCAGUUUUUGGAGUUCCAAUUGCCACGUCAAUGGGCUCCAGCUUUUGGCGAGCUUCCUCUUGGUCCUCAGCAUAGGAAGCGUACUCUACCAUCCCUUCAGUUUACUUUCUUGGGUCCCAAACUUCAUGUUAAUAAUAUCCAGGUAGAUUCAGGGAGACGACCGGUGACCGGAAUCCGUCUCUACCUUGAAGGCCGACGGAACGACCGUUUAGCAAUUCAUCUCCAACACCUCUCUGCCCUCCCCACCAUCUUCAAACUCUAUGAUGAUGAAGUUCACGUGACCGAGGAUCUUCACACGAACCAAAGAGCCUAUUUUGAACCAAUCAGGUGGGCUCUUCUCUCUCAUAUCUGCACCGCUCCGGUUCAGUAUAGCGGCGCUCACUUAGACGAAUCGGCCUCCAUCGUCACCAAAGCCUGGCUCGAGGUGAAGGAGAUGGGCUUCAGGAGAGUGCUCUUUCUUCGUCUCGGCUUCUCCCACGUCGCUUCGAUGAGACUUCGCCGUUCUGAAUGGGACGGCCCGAGCAGCAUCUCGAGGAAAUCAGGUUCGAUCUCAGCUUUUAUCAGCUCAAGGUUUAGCAUGGGGAUCUUACCGACCCCGAAGCCAAAGGUUGAAGUGAACUCUGCCGUCUUUCCCGGCGGGCCGCCAACGCCGGUCAGAGUUCCGAAACUCGCCCGGUUUGUCGACACAUCUGAGAUAUCUAGAGGCCCAGACGAUCUUCCGGGUUAUUGGGUGGUGAGUGGUGCUAAGUUGUGUGUGGAGGGUGGGAAGAUCUCUCUAAAGGUUAAAUAUUCGCUCUUGGUAUUUAUACGCGACGAUGACUUAUAAUCCGUCUUGACGGCGACAACCAAAAGCUUCCGAUCACGUGUCCUUGAAAUUUCAAUUGGGCAUUAACAUGCACACCACACAAUUCUUAUGUAUAUGCACUUCUCACAACUAAACUUUCAUAUUUACACACCUUAUGCUAGAAUCCUAAACAAAUACACAUUUUCUUGCAUAAAUUUAAAGCACCAACAUGCUAUGUAUGUAAAUAUGAAAGUUUAGAUGUGUGAUAUGUAAAUGUGUUUCAAGUGUUGUGUGUUAUGUAUGUAAAUAUCCCAACUUCAAUUUGCAAUCAAAGGCGCGAUAAAAGUUGGCCUUUUGAGCAAGUGAUUCGAUGCGAUCGAACUGGUUAGGGUCGGGUUAGAUUGACUUGUUUUUGUGAAUCAUACAGCUCAUAGGUAAAAAAAAACUCUUUUUGUUUUGAAAGACUUACAUACACGCCACUCAAUUCCUAUGUAUUUACAUAUGUAACACUCAAAACUUCAAUUUUUACCUGCAUGUCACUUUAUCCAUGCAAUGAAAAAGGUGUAUUUCUGUUUUCAAAUUAAAAUGGUGGUG